GUGAAGAGGGGUGGGAUCUGAACAUGGCGGCGGUGGUAGCUGCUACGGCGCUGAAGGGCCGGGGGGCAAGAAAUGCCCGCGUCCUCCGGGGGAUUCUCUCAGGAGCCACGGCUAACAAGGCUUCCCAGAACAGGUCCCGGACACUGCAAAGCCACAGCUCCCCCGAGUGCAAGGAAGAACCUGAGCCCCUAUCCCCUGAGCUGGAAUACAUUCCCAGAAAGAGGGGCAAGAACCCCAUGAGGGCUGUGGGACUAGCCUGGUACAGCCUGUACACCCGCACCUGGCUGGGGUACCUCUUCUACCGACAGCAGCUGCGCAGGGCUCGCAAUCGCUACCCCAAAGGCCACUCCAAAGCCCAGCCGCGCCUCUUCAAUGGUGUGAAGGUGCUUCCCAUCCCUGUCCUCUCGGACAACUACAGCUACCUCGUCAUCGACACCCAGGCCCGGCUGGCUGUGGCUGUGGACCCUUCAGACCCUCGGGCUGUUCAGGCUUCCAUUGAGAAGGAAGGCGUCACCCUGGUGGCCAUUCUCUGCACCCACAAGCACUGGGACCACAGCGGAGGGAAUCGGGACCUCAGCCGGUGGCACCAGGACUGUCGGGUGUACGGGAGCCCUCAGGACAGCAUCCCGUACCUCACCCAUCCCCUGUGUCAUCAAGAUGUGGUCAGUGUGGGGCGGCUUCAGAUCCAGGCUCUGGCUACCCCUGGCCACACACAAGGCCAUCUGGUCUACCUGCUGGAUGGUGAGCCCUACAAGGGUCCCUCGUGCCUCUUCUCAGGGGACCUGCUCUUCCUCUCUGGCUGUGGACGGACCUUUGAGGGCACUGCGGAGACCAUGCUGAGCUCGCUCGAUACUGUGCUGGGGCUGGGGGAUGAUACUCUGCUGUGGCCUGGUCACGAGUAUGCAGAGGAGAACCUGGGUUUUGCGGGUAUCGUGGAGCCUGAGAACCUGGCCCGGGAGAGGAAGAUGCAGUGGGUGCAGAGGCAGCGGAUGGAGCGCAAGAGCACGUGCCCGUCCACCCUGGGAGAAGAGCGCUCCUACAACCCGUUCCUGAGGACCCACUGCCUGACGCUGCAGGAGGCUCUGGCGCCAGGCCCGGGCCUCACUGGGGACGCGGGCUACUACUCCCGGGCCCAGCUCCUGGAGGAGCUCCGCCGGCUGAAGGACCUGCACAAGAGCCCCAAAGCCAAGGACCAGCAGCAGCCCUCAACCCAGAAGGAGAGUCUGCCACCCCCAGAGGCCAAUGCUGAAGCCAUCAACUUCCUCGACUCCCUCACACAGGAAGAGCUGCAGCUGCUGUUGUUUUCUGAGACCCUGGCCAUGGUCUCAGAUACAAGGGAACCUCUGGGGGAGCUGACCAUUGACAUACAGAAAGCAAAACGCAAAGAUGAGCUCGGCGUCAUCACGUACUGCCUUCUUGUGCACGCCUUCAGCCGCAGUUUCCUGGACAAAAUGCUCUGCGGAAACUCCCUCCUGGGUUACCUCUCUGGGAGCCUGGAGGUCUUGGAACAGCAUAGUCAUGAGUUCAUCAAGUUCCUGGUCCUCCCAAUGGACAGGAAGAUCAGUUUACUGAAGCAAGAUGAUCAGCUGACCAUGACCAGAACUGUCAAGGAGGGAGAGGAAGUGAAGACUGAAGUGACUAAUUUCCCCUGCAAGGCCCUCGCAGGCUUCGUCUCUGAGGCCGCCAACCUCUUGCUGCUGAGGGUGAUGGCGUGGCGGCAGACUGUGCCCAACAAUGCCCGCUUCCUUGCCCUGGACACGGAGGGGAAGCUCUGCUAUUCCAGCUAUCAAGCCCUGGGCUUUCAGAAGAUGCAGGUGGGCCAUCAGCAAGCGGAAGUGUUCAUUGUGGAGCAGACCGUACACUCAAAUGAGGGUAUCCCCAUGUCCUGCCAAUACUACCUGUUUUCCGAUGGGCACCUGGCCAAGAGAAUCCAGGUGGGCUCCCCGGGGUUCUGCAUCGUCACCAAGAUGCCCAUCUUGAGAGAGGAGGACGAGACAGAGCCCCGCCCGGUGUUUGAGAAGAAGCCCUUCUUGUGGGAGGAGGAUGUGGAGCUCUACUCGAGGUUCCUGGACAGGAAGGAGGAGCUCCGCCUCAGCCACAGCAGCUACCUGCGCCACCACCCCGAGGCCCGCGCGCUCGUCUCCGACUUCCUGCUCUUCUUGCUGCUGCGCCAGCCCGCGGACGUGGUCACUUUCGCCGCCGAGUACUUCGGCCCCUUCGCUGUGCGCUGCCCGCCGACGCCCACCUUGCGCUCCUCGCACCGGCCCAGCCCCUUCCGCUCGCUCGUACCGGAGCGCAGCUACAGCCGGGGACCCAGGCCCGCCUCGGGGGAGGGCUAGACGCGGCCCGCGGGCCGGAGACUGCGAGAGGCUGGGGCUCCCCGCGUCGGGACUGGGCAGGAAGCCCGGGCGUCCCAGCCCGAUCGGGCCGGCCCGGGGCGGAACGCGCCGGGGGAGGGCGCGCUUUCCGAGCUGUGGUUUUUUGGGGAAUAAACGGGGCUGUCCCGCAGCCCUGCUGUGAAACUUC